AUGGAUGAAUUUGAUCGAGAACUCGACAAUGAGCUUGAGUUCAGUCACAGGUCUACCAAGGGGAUAAAAAUAUAUCGUACUUUUGAGAGUAUGAGGCUAAAGCCGGAAUUACUUAAAGGAAUAUAUGCAUAUGGAUUUGAAGCUCCAUCAGCAAUUCAAUCUAGAGCAAUAAUGCAAAUAAUGAGUGGCAGAGAUUGCAUUGCCCAAGCACAGUCUGGAACAGGUAAAACGGCUACUUUUGCCAUUAGUAUGCUUCAGACAAUAGAUGCCAAGUCCAAGGAUUGUCAAGGUCUAGUUCUUUCUCCUACGCGAGAAUUGGCAACUCAAAUCCAAAAUGUCAUUAAACACUUGGGUGAUUACAUGAACAUACAAACGUAUGCUUGUAUUGGAGGAAAGAAUGUUGGUACCGAUGUUAAAAAGCUACAGCAGGGUCAACAAAUUGUGAGCGGGACCCCUGGGCGGGUUCUCGAUGUUAUCAAGAGAAGAAAUCUAUCUCCGCGCCACAUCAAGAUGUUGAUUUUAGACGAGGCAGAUGAGCUAUUCACAAAAGGAUUCAAAGAGCAGAUAUACGAGAUUUACAAGCAACUACCUGCUGGAGCUCAGAUUGUUGUUGUUAGUGCAACUUUACCAAACGAAGUUUUGGAAAUGACAAGCAAGUUCACAACAGAACCGGUCAAAAUUUUGGUCAAGAGAGACCAAGUAUCACUUUCUGGGAUUAAACAAUACUAUAUACAAUGUGAGCAAGAAGAUUGGAAGUUUGACACUUUAUGUGAUCUUUAUGAUAACUUAACAAUUACACAAGCUGUGAUUUUUUGUAACACCAAGGUUAAAGUAGACUGGCUUGCGGAUAUGAUGCGGAAACAAAACUUUGUAGUUGCAUCGAUGCACGGAGACAUGAAGCAAGAAGAAAGAGACUCUAUAAUGAACGAGUUCAGAACUGGGAACUCUAGAGUUCUCAUCUCAACCGACGUUUGGGCAAGAGGAAUAGACGUGCAACAAAUCUCGUUGGUGAUAAAUUACGAUUUGCCAAACGACAAGGAGAAUUAUAUACAUAGAAUUGGAAGGUCGGGAAGAUUUGGCAGGAAGGGAACAGCAAUUAAUUUGGUUACAAAGGGCGACGUAAAGGAACUCAAGGAUAUCGAGAGAUACUAUUCAACAAAAAUAAGGGAAAUGCCCCUGAAUAUUAAUGAUAUUAUGUAG